AUGAUUGAUUGGUUGGUUAUUGUUUUAUUUGUUUUGGUCCUUUUUGAGUUGAUUGUGUUUGUUCCAUCGCAUAUUUGGUCACCUGAUGCUAAGGAGGCCGGUCCCACUUUAGUAUUCACUUUGAUUCAUGCAGCUACAUCUUGUAUUGAUGUUUGUUUUGUGUUGCAGGAGGACGAUAUACUACGAGAGCAAAUUCGUAUUCAUGGAAUUGAUGACAAUUGGACUAUCAUAGCUUCAAACUUCAAGGAUAAAACAACUAGGCAAUGCAAAAGAAGAUGGUUCACUUAUUUGAACUCCGAUUUCAAAAGGGGAGGAUGGUCACCCGAAGAAGAUAUGCUUUUAUGCGCGGCUCAAAAGAUUUUUGGAAACAGAUGGACUGAAAUUGCCAAAGUGGUAUCAGGCAGAACGGAUAAUGCUGUGAAGAACAGGUUCACUACAAUCUGCAAAAAGAAAGCAAAACAUGAAGCAAUGGCUGAAGAAAACAGGGUUACGUUAUCAAAUAAGCUCGAUACUGACAGAAUAUGUGAUGUUUCCGCUAAGAAGCUGAGGAGGAGCCAUACUAUACAAAGCUCGGUUGAUGAUUGUCCGAAUAAUAAUCAACCGGUUAGACAUCCAUUUGCAGUGCUUGCUCAGAAUGUCAAUAACCUGAAAGAGACACAUGAAAAUGGAACGGUCCUUAAGAAGAAUGAUCGAAAUAUGUUGAUGCAACAAGAAGAAAUACUGAGCUCACUGGCACUCAAAGUUAAUUCGCAAAACAGUAACCAGAGACUUGAAAAUGCUUGGAUGGUAGUCGAUGAUUUUCUUCAUCGUAUGAAGGAAAGUGAUAUGCUCAAGUUCCGGCAUACAGAGAUGAAUUCUGUACACAAUACUCAUAAGAAUCUGAUAACAAACUCAAGUAGUAACGAAAGGAACCGAUCAUCUAAAAGGCAACUUGCUUUAUCUCAAGAGUCUGGUGACAGUUCAGAGUACAAUACCGGAUCAACUCAGCUGUCGCGUGCAUUGAGUAAUAAAACAGAAGAAAGUCAAGUUAAGACGUGUACGCGUGAUCAGGAGAUUCAAUCUGGUUUGCAAAACUUUCAAAUAGGUGAUCAAACUGGAGUACAAGAGUUGGAAAAUGGAAUUUUCUGUGAUCUAUCAUUCCCUCAUGAUACUCGGUCUGUUUGUGAUGAAAUGAAGCACGAUGAUGUAUCAGCAACAGAUGGAUGUGAAUAUCCUUCUCCUCUCCAAGUAACUCCGCAAUUCAGAUCAUUAGCUGAAGCAAUUCCCAGCCCAAAAUUCUCCGAAAGUGAGAGACAAUUCCUAUUGAAGACACUUGGAGUUGAGUCUACAUCUCCUCAUCGAACCACGAAACCUCCAUCUUGCAAAAGGGCGCUCCUUCAAAGUCUAUGAUCAAUACGCAUCCUUUCUCAUGACACAUAGAAAAAUGCAGGGCACGAGCACGAACAAACACAAACUCACAGAAAUGAACAUGUACCUAGUCUGUUUUCUUAAUGUGUCUCAUUUCUUGUGUCAUCGUGGAACUCGAAUGGAGGUAUUCGAUGUUUCCAUAAGUUUUUGACAUUUAUUGUAGAUAACAUAAUAGUGUAGUAGUUACAAAUUGGCAACUCACCAGAGUUCACAGAGUAUGUAAAAGAAGAUAGUUAUUUGUAGAACUUCUUCCAAAGGCUUUUUGGUGGCUAAGUUGCUCGGAUCCUGUAAAAGAUAUUGUCGUAUCUUUGUCAGAUUCUUUAAAAGCUAUGCGUGUUUGAAGGAUUUGACACACACUCGUAAGGAAUUUUUGAAGAGUCUGACCAACAUAAUCUGGUGUAGUUGGUAGUAGUGUUAGUCAAGUGUGAUCAUUAUUAAAUAGUAAAAAGCAGAAGGAU